AUUAGCAUAAUCUUAGCCACAGUGGCCUUGGUCGUCGCAUCCAUGGUCGGUGCUGCCCCAGGAGGAAAACAUGGACCUGGUGGACAUGACCACGGUCCCGGCGGCCACGACCACGGACCAAGACAUGAUCACGGUCCUCGUGGUCACGACCACGGACCCGGGCAUGAGCAUGGUCCUCGGGGCCACGACCAUGGCAACGAUCGCGAUCAACCAACCGAGGCCAACGAAGUGGCUUCUCUCGAGCCGGGAAGAUGCACCAAAAUUGUGAGCGCUACAGUCACAGUGACGCAAUCAUACCAAACUCGAAGAAGAGUCGCAACGAGGACAAGGUGCGGAUGGCUUCAUUUGGCACACUGCAGGAAAUACAGGUGGAAUCCUCACGUGGCGUACAGGCAAGUAACCAAACUCGUUUACGUCAAUGUUCGCAAGUGUUGUGUUGGAUUCAUGGAGGUCAACGGAGUUUGUGAACCCCAAGGAGGGCGAACCUUACCACCGCCGACCACCAUCAUCACCGCACCACCGAACUCAACAACUCCUCGUGAUGACAGCAUUCCCGAUGACGAGAUGAUGAUUAUUGAUAAUUCCCUGCAGAAGUUCGUCUUCUUCGUCAUCGUCCUCGUCGCUAUCCUCAUCAUUGGUAUUGUCAUCGGAGCCGUGGUCGUCCACCUGUGCGGGGGAAGAAAGGAGGUUAUGAGAAGAAUAUCAACACGAAGAUUCAACAGGAAAACGAGGAAACAAACAACUAAAGAUCUGAACGGAAAAUCAUGCGGCAAGACACCUGAGGAUGACCCACCCCCUCGCUAUCAGAGCUUCAAUGAACAUGAUAAACAAACCCCAUCAACAGGAGUAGCCUACCAUCCACAUGGUCAUGGUCAUUCCAAUGACCACGCCCAUGGUCACAGCUAUGUUCAAAAACAUGGACACACUCAUGACCAAAACCAUGGUCACACCCACAACCACCCCCACUACCAACCCACCGCACCAACGUACGAUGAGGAGUACGCUAACGCCGAUAUGAUGGAUGCCCGACCAAUAGUAGCACUUCCGGUUCCGGGAAACGGCGUCCAAGCAAAGAGCUGCAAUACACAAGCCGGGUACUUGGAGAUCUACGAGUCGGAGCCUAAACCUACCAAACCUGGACAUCACUAAGAGGCUCCAAUUAUUUCAUGAGAUGCCGGAGAGUAGAACAAUGGAGGCUUAAUGAUUGAACGGCAAACCACAGAUUAAGAAACUUUAAAUUGAAGAAAUGGGCAAAACUAACCCAUAUUCUAUGUGUCAUUUAUUAUA